AUGGACUGGAGUUGGGGUGCGCAGAGUGCAUGGAGCGGCCCCGGGGGUGCAGCAGCCCCAAAGGAUGCGGCAUCCCUGCAUGGAGCGUUGCUAAGAAACAGAGCAUCCCUGCAUGGAGCGUUGCUAAGAAACAGAGCAUCCCUGCAUGGAGCGUUGCUAAGAAACAGCAUCCCUGCACGGAGCGUCACUGUGGAACACAGCACUGCUGCAUGGAGCAUUCCUGCGUGGGGCAUCCCCAAAGAAUGCAGCAUUGCUGCGUGGAGCAUCAUUGCAUGGAGCAUCUCCAGGACACACAGCAUCCCUGCGCGGGGCGUCUCUAAGGAGUGCAGCAUCCCUGUGUGGGGUUUCCCUGCAUGCAUCACCCGCAGGGGGUGGAGGAUCUCUGCAUGCAGCGCCCUUGCUUGGAGCAGCCCUAAGGAACACAGCACCCCUGCAUGGAGCACCCCCAGGACGUGCAGCACCUCCGCAUGGAGCAUCCCCAAAGAAUGCAGCACCCCUGCAUGGAGCACCUUUGAAUGCAGCAUCCCGAAGGAGUGCAGCAUCCCCGCACGGGCUGUCCCUGCAUGCAUCGCCCUCAGGGUGUGGAGGACCUUUGCAUGCAGCGUCCCUGCUUGGAGCGGCCCUGCACGGCGCAUCCCCAGGACGUGCAGCGUCUCUGCAUGGUGCAUCCCUAAGGAACGCAGCGUCCCUGCAGAGCAUUCCCAGUGGUUGCAGCAUCGCUGCACGGCGCAUCCCUCAGGACUGCAGCAGCCUUGCAAUCCCUGCAUCCCUGCACUCUGCACCCCAGCUUGGAGCAUCCCCCCCGCGGCGCAUCCCUGCAGCACAGCCCAUCCCUGCGCGCUGCAGCUCUGCGUGGACCACCCUUGUGGUGUUGAGCGCUGCACCUGCAGCAUGCAGCGCCCUUGCAACACAUUGUGACGCCUUUUGCACCGCUGAGCACCUUUGCAGCUGGUUGGUAUGGAUGCACCUCUGCAGCACAGAGCGUGCACCCAGCACAGAGCAUCCUUGCAACGUGUUGCAACGCACCCUUGCGGCACAGAGCACCGUUGCAGCAUGGAGCACCUUUGCAGCUGCUUGGCAUGCAGCUCUGCAGGGUGGAGCACGCAUCCAGCACGGAGCAGCCUUGCAAGCUGUUGCACUGCACCCUUGCAGCACAGAGCAUCGUUGCAGUGCAGUGCAUCGCUGCACAAACUGACGUUGCCCCCCUUCUUCCCCCCCCCCCCCAUUGCAGCUCCGCAGCGGAGGAGAGCGCAGAGGAGAGGAAAAGGCUUUAAAAACAAACAAACAAAAGGAAUUAAUCAUAAUUAAAACAAAGUGCAAACGAA